AUGGAUUACUACAAAGUAUUAGAAUUAUCUAGAAGUGCAACCGAAGCAGAAAUCAAGAAGGCAUAUCGAAAACUAGCACUUAAAUGGCAUCCAGUAUAUAUGUCAUCAAUUUUGUAAGGAUAAAAAUCCAGACAAUAAGGAGAUUGCAACAAAAAAGUUUAAAGAGAUAGCCGAAGCUUAUGAGGUUCUUUCAAAGCCUGAAAAGAAAUCUCAUUAUGAUAAAUAUGGACAUCAAUAACCACCUCCAACUCCAAAUUAUUAACAGUCUAAUAAUUAUGGAAAUUCAUAUUAACAAGAUUUUAAUGAUUUUUAAGAGUUUUCUUCAGGAUUCUAAAAUGACUUCAAUAACUUCAACAAUAGAUCGCAAUAUAAUAAAUAUUCAGAAUAAACUUUUGGGUUCCCUUAAUUUAAUAGAAUGCCAGAUUUAAAUAAAUUCUUUUUCGGAGAUAACUUUGAUCCAUUUCAAGUUUUCUAGAAUUUUUUCAAAAAUGAUCCAUUUUUUAAUUAAGACUUUUUUGGAAAUAAUUAACAAUAAAAAACAAGUUUAAUGAAAGCGAAUUCUUAUCAUAAUGACUUUGAUGAUGAUUUUUUCAAGCCUAUAUAUUAAAAUGGUUCAAAUUAAAGUACGAAUUUGAUUAAAGGGUAAACUCAUAAGACAAUAUAAUCUACUACAACUACAAUGUAAGUUAAAAAAAUGAUUAAUCUAGGAAUGGAUAACCUAUUUAAAGAGUUAAAACAACAAUAAUUCAUCCAGAUGGAAGAAAAGAAGUCAAGGAAGAGAUUAAGCCAUUAUCUUAGUUAUAAAAACAUAACAGUGCCAUUUACUGA